AUGGCUGGGUCUGUGGCUUCUGCGCUCGUGCUCUUGCUUGCUGGUUUUGUAUUUGCAGAAGUUAAGAAGGAAGGUGAAGUGCUGGUUCUGACAGAAGAGAACUUUCGCAACGAGAUCGAUUCGAAUGACUUCGUUCUUGUUAAAUUCUGUACGUUGCCAUUUCUGAUUUGUCUUAUUGUUAGAUGCACCGUGGUGCGGGCAUUGUCAGUCUUUGGCACCAGAAUAUGCCAAGGCUGCGAAGUCGCUUGUGGAUGAAAAGUCGACGGUAAAAUUGGCCAAGGUUGAUGCAACCGUGGAGACUAAACUGGCCGAAACUUACAAGAUUCGGGGCUAUCCUACCUUGAAAUUUUUCGCGAAAGGCGAAGAAAUCGAAUACAAUGGUGGGCGUACUGCCGAAAGCAUCGUGGCGUGGGUGAAAAAGAAGAUCGGACAGGCCAUCACUGAGGUCGCAACAGUUGAGGCCUUCGAUGAGCUCAGUCAGAAGAACAAAUUCGUUGUCCUUGUUCUGUCGAAGGUAAGUGUAUUGUUAACGGACGAUAAGAAUUGCCUAGGAUACUUCGUCGAAAGAAUACAAGACCGUUGAAGAGGUUGCGAGGGCACAGGAUGUCCCAUUUGUUCUCUGCACCGACUCCAAGAUGGCGGACAAACACAAGCUGUCAUCUGGCACAAAAGUCGUGAUAUACAGAAAGGUAUGAUCAUCGACCGCAAAUGUUUUUUUUAAUCACCAUUUUGGAAAUUGGCCUCUGUCUGUCUUAGUACAAGCUAGAGAUUUGGCUCAUGUUUAGGUCUCAAUUAAUUGCUUCCACCGUAGAAGACAGCUCACCAAACUUGAAUUUCGCAUGGUGCCCGAUAACGGCAACCUGGGUUCGAUCCCAACACGUUAUCACGUUUGAACUCAAUCCAAUGUAGGAAACAAGUGUUGGCAUCGUGAGGCUUCCGGACAUGUCAUCACGAUGGGAGCGGUGGUGCGUCCGGGGAAUGCUAGCCACAUUUGCUGUCCGAAAUGUAUUUUGUGUACCUGUCCGUUCAUCAAAUUUUCUCAGUGAUUGCUUCAGACAACCCAGCUCGGUUCCAAAACAUCCACCACCAGGACAUCCCAAUUUCACUCUCUACUUUCCUCCUUUAGUUUGAUGAGCCUACGGUCGAAUACGACGGACAAUUUGUUGCGGCCGAACUAACCAGCUUUAUCCGGAGCCACAUGAUCCCGUUGGUUGUUGAGUUUGACGAAGAAACUGCAGCCCAGAUCUUCGGAAGUGAGAUUAAAUGGCACAUCAUGGUGUUUAUGGCCAAGAGCCAGGACCACUACGAACCAUACAGAAAGAUCUUAAGGGAAGUGGCUCUCGAAUUCAGAAACAAGGUAAGCAUACUUUACAUCGUUACUAACUUAGAAUGUUACUUAUGGUUUCUAAAUUUACCGUAUUAAUUGCUUCUCAUCAGUUUAACGCUAGAGGAUAGGACCUUUCCGACAGUUUGUUUCGUGCUCGUCCUUUGCAGUUUCACGACUCAAGCUUGUCACAGAGGACUAGGAAGAAAUAACAGUGGAGCUAGAAUAAGUCAGUCGCCUUACAACAUCUGAUUAUACCAUUUAUAAGUGUACUUUUAAAAGAAACCAGUCAGAUCCGGAAGCUUUCGUAUGUAUUUACUCCUUCCAUAAAUCCGACAAGUCUUGUUGGGAUCCCACUUUGCCAUGUCCGUCUGCGCCCCAUUCCUGACAGAGCUCGUUCAUCCUGACUGUUCCCAUAUGUGCGGUUGCGUUCACUAGUAGGGGGUAAUCAACAACUGAAACUAAUCCCUUGCCCAACUUUCUGUUGUGUAAAUCACUAACGCCAGAGCCUUUCUGCCAUUUCCCCAGGCGCAUGCUGUGAUAAUCGACAUCGACGUGGAAAACCAUGAAAGGAUCCUUGAGUUCUUCGGAAUAAGCAAAAAAGACUGCCCAACUUACCGUGUGGUCGAACUCGAGGACUCCGUCAGGAAGUUCAAGCCUGAAACUGUUGAUUUCAGUGUUGAAGCUCUUCGUACCUUUGUGGACGGUGUACUGACUCACGUAAUCAAACCAUACUUGCAGUCUGCCGAGCUUCCUGAAGACUGGGACAAAGAUCCCGUCAAGGUUUUGGUUGGCAAGAACUUCGACGAAGUCGCCAAAGACCCAUCGAAGACGGUGUUUGUUAUGUUCUGUAGGUGUCCUCCAGUUGCUUUGUGGUUGCUUCUCGGAGCGUCUCGCAAUCAGAUUAAAAAAUUUGUCCUUAUCCACCUUUAGAUGCCCCGUGGUGUGGACAUUGCAAACAACUUCACCCUAUUUGGGAGCAACUUGGUGAACACUACAAAGAUCAUCCCGAAAUCCUUAUUGCCAAGAUCGACUCCACCGCUAAUGAGCUGGAGGAUAUCAAAAUAACUGGCUUCCCGACACUAAAGCUGUUUCCCAAAAACGAUGACAAGGUGAGUUCAUAGUUUUUCACGAAUAAGGCGAAGUUUCUGGUUCCAGGUGUAUGCAUAAGUGAAGAAGAAGUGAGUUUGUAGUGCUUUCACCGUGAAAGUGGAGCUGCCAAGUAAACCAGGAAAAAUUUUCUGUUGCAUGUUCCAGGCUUCUGGUGGUAAAGUACCGCCUUUUGCCUCGUUUACUAGUCGUUCAUAUGCACUUUACAUUUCCGUAGCAGCUUUCGAGUUUAAAAGUGGUUGUACGGGCCUAGACAGACAAGCCUACCUGCGGCUUUAGCGGGGAGUUGGUAGUAAAAUGACCUUCAGCCGAAAUUAAUUGCGAGAUAGGCAAAGUCUUUCGUCUAAUUAGUCGCGGACUGCCAGUGGAAUGGCUACCAGGGAGCAAACCGGGGCCAGGCGCAUCGACUGUCCUGUAGGCUUAGGUUAGAAGGUGAUAUUGUGACUUGUCCGCGGUAGACACCUAUUGAGUAGAUUACUUUGCUCUACGGUUUCAACAUGCCUUAGUACUAGAAAGUACAUUAUUGAAUGGAAAAUCGGCGGCUUCUGGGGGAUCGCCCCCGCAGACACUUUCCGAGACCGUGUGGAACAGAUUUCCUGACAAACUUGCGGUCAGUGCUGCACCGUCUGUUGCAACCGAUCUUUAUUCCUACAUAGGUCCAAUGAAACGAAGAUAUAUCGAAGAUAUAUAUACCAAAUCAAGAAUAAAACCACCCAGUAUGAUGUCUCGGAUUCGCAUCUGAGGCAAAACCUUGUUUUGUACCGUACUCGUCCGUAAAAUUCCGCUCGCAAACAUCGCGCGGCGACCACUUUUGGAACAGAGCAGCCAAGUGCUGCUUGCACCGGAGUCAGUCAGUGAACGGCUAGCGUCAUUUUCUUUUGCGCUUGACCCCCAGCUACAGACCGACUUUUGAUUGCAGCUACACGAUCUAGUUGCUAAACUCUGUCGCUGCGUCUUGCCACUCGUUGACAAUGGCUGACACAGAGACGGAGUCAAACGAUUUUUCAGGCGAUCCCCUGACGAGCCUCAUUAGUCUUGAUUUUCGAUGUAGUAACAUGCUCCAGUUUCCAGUUUCAUCAUAAGCGUCUGCAUACGCGGUAGUUUAGGUACUAUAAUACAAACCGCCAUUUCAAAGAAGUCCCCAGCAAAUUCAGCGUUCAUAGCAGGUUGCAUAAUGCGAAAACCGGCACCUCCAUGGGUUCGGAUGCCCACGUUUGCUCACCUACAGCCUCACCUCUCAUGUAGUCGGCUUCUACAACUAGUUAAUCGAGGUGCCGUCUGAUAAGUAGGCAGAUGACGCUCCUGCAAUGCUGGAGUCAACGAAAUAGGUAAAAUAUUUAUUGACUUCACUCUGUGCUGUCGUAGCGACAGGAUCCGCCGGUGUUGACUUCCCGUCAGUUCCGCAAACUAACCGUUAAGUCAGACAAAUUGUUCUGCGGAACCAGCCUUCGGCAUCAACAUCUAGAAACCAUCCACUAACUUUUCGAAUCCGCGCUAUGUCUCCGCAUUAAGUGACUGCGCUUGGUGUGAAUGAUGACUUUACUACUGACAACUCAGUUUGUGUCCAGCGUUUCCGCUAAUUUGACUAGCGAUCCGUGACUGCCUUGCUCUCAUCUAAGGAGCGGAUUUUCGUCCCGCAGACUGCUAAUUACCAUGCGACUGACUAUACGGGACAAGACACCUACAUUUAUGCUUCAGUUCUUCGUCGACACUGACACCUGGAGUCUCAGGGGCAAUAAGAGGUGGUAGGGUGAGAUCAUACUGGAGGGUUAGAGCUCGACCAUCCCUGUGUCUAUCUUUAAGUUGGGAGUUAAGGGAAAGGGCCAAAAUCCUCUUCACGCGUCUGACAGACAUGCAUGUAAGGUUCUAUGCGGUUUUCAUUCUCAAGGCAUUCCGGAAGGGAGUUAUGAGAGCAACACCAACAAAACGGACUUCCUAGUUGUCCAGGCUUUUCUCCAUACAGGCAUUCUCUUAUGACCGUCGACAACCGACGGUCCGCUGUUUCCUUUACUUUCUGCGGAUUUUGAUUCAAUUCGUCGGGAGUCCCUGUCGUGGAUGAUGUUAAUAUACUGUGUGCCGACAGUUUCGCUCUUUCUGUCCACAGGAGCCUCAUAGCUGUUCAGUAUUCGACCAGGCGUUAGACGAAAAUCCAUCCUGCACGCAUCCUUUUUAACUGAACUAUUGAUUCAAUUAUCCGAAAUGCUCCGCUUUGCUUCAAUAGUGCUGAAUUUGCACCAAAAUCUUCCUACUAGUUUCAUUUAUGCUUAUAAUAUCGUUUUUCCAGCAUUAAGUUACGACGGCCUGCGAAAGAUAGGGUUCCGAACGAAGCGGAUCGACCUAUGUACCAACCAGUGCUGCAAAUCCCAAAUAUUAUUGGGUUAUUCUUCUGACCAGAAGGCGUUUUAGUAGUUGCUUGCUGCCAGUCGGGAGACGUUGUUAGCAAAUAGUAGGGACGGAUUUUCUGCCCCAGUCCACUUCCCGUUUUUUGUGGACAUUCUAAGACAUCUGUAGAUGCGCAUGUAUCCGACACUCGGUCAUUCCUGUGGUUGUGAAUGCCAGGUCGCAAACCUAGGCCAGUGAACAUCAAUUGUCAUCUACUGUUGUUGCUUCAUGACGGUCUUCCGAAAAAAGCACACGGACUCGGACUUGAAUAAGCUUUUCAACUUUCUCCACCCCAACGUCACCCAAAAAGAUAAUUUAGGGGUGUUGAGCAUGUUUAUCGUCACCUUCAUGAGUUUGGUGCUGCUGCUCCGACUUACGUCUAGCGAUGCCAAACUGAAGGAGGUAAGGGGGGGGGACCUCGACCGUUCUUGCACUUUCAUUAUUCCUAUCGUUGCUGACGAAGAUGGUUCAGUUCAGUGGAGUCCGUUGCCAAAGAUCGUUGUGCGCGUUGAGUCUGUGCUCGCGGCAUACCUUGAGUCAACUUCAUCUGACACGCUCACAGCCGUAAAGAAUACAAGCACCGGUACAAAACACUGCAGCUUCAACAGGGUCUUCCACCUACAUUCCGCUAUCAUUAGAAUUGACGUAUGAUCAAUCUCUUCUAUUGUUCUAAUAAAAACACCUUUCCCGUCCUCCCACAGGUCGUGGACUACGCGGGAGAUCGAACACUCGAGGCCUUCAAGAAAUUCCUCGAAGCCGGUGGCAAAGAAGAAGAGGGCAAGGAGGAGGAGCCCUCUAAGCCUGCCAAGGAAGAGUUGUAA